UCUCGCGAGACUCAGUUCUUGCUCUUCAGCUGAUUUUCCUGUGGCUUUUUUGUGAUCUUUUCCUGUUAGAUUUGUAGUAAAGAGGCAGAACUUGGCAAAUGGCUAAAGUAGAGCUGGCACCGCUAAGACCGUGGAAUGAUUUUUUCCCCAGUUCGGACAGAUUCGCUAAACCAGAUGUGAAAGAUCUAGCGAAAUGGAACAACAGAGUUGUCAGCAACCUGCUUUACUAUCAGACAAAUUAUCUGGCUUUGGCCAUAGUUGGUUUCCUCAUUGUCGGGUUCCUGAACCCUGUGGGGAUGUUCACAGCCAUGGCCGUGGUGUCGUGUGUUUUCUUAGGGUCAGUGUGGGCUGGAGAGUACAGAACUGUGAUCAACAACUUCAAGAGGCACAAUCCCACAGCAUUUGUGUUCGCCAUCAUGGUCGCCAGCUACAUCCUAAUCUCUGUGCUGGGGAGUGUCAUGGUGUUCAUGUCAGCAAUCACUUUACCCCUGGCCUUGAUAUUUGCACAUGCUUCAUUUCGCCUCCGCAACAUGAAGAAUAAACUGGAGAACAAGAUAGAAGGCGCUGGACUGAAGAGGUCACCAAUGGGCAUUUUGCUGGACGCUCUGGGUCAGCAAGAAGAGAACCUUCAAAAGAUCCACACCUUGCUAGAGGCUAAACUGAAGGAGUGAUUGGGCAUGAAAGGAAAGGAGUGCACACACACGCAUGUGUUCAUCUUUUGGCCAAAGAGCUUGACUUCUUACUUAGAUGUAGCAAAAGUAUGCAUCCCUGUUAAAGUUUGUGUCAUUUAAAGUGUGUGUGUGUACACCCAUGUGUGUUUUGAAAAGACAUUUUGUUAUCUGAAGGGCUUCACUUCAGGAUAUCUGUCACUCCACCCAGAACUUGUCAGGACACUUUUGUCAAACAGCGAUGAGGGCAUCUCAGUGCUACCUCAUGUCUGCACUAUGCAAUGUGGCAGUGUUCCUGUGCUGUACAGCUGCGCACUCCUUAAGUAUGAAAUGUGGGUUAAAUCAAUCUCAGAAACAGCCGUCAGUCCUGCCAGGUUCUGCUCAGCUGAAACUGUGAAGGCAAUGCCAGUGUUGUGUUUUAACAAAGAAUUAAAAGCACACACUUGCACAUUACUGCCAAAACACUGAAGGCUGGAUUGUUUCAAGCUUUUGAAUAAUUUCUCCACAUAACAUGUAAGUGUUUACUUAAAUAUGCAUUUGAAGAGAAACAAACUGAUCUUAUGCUCAUGCAAAUAGAGAGAGCCAGAUGAAAGGGAACAUUUUGUGUUGAGCUUUGAAAUACAUGAGUCAGAGACAGAUCAGUGUGUCAGUGAAGACUUCAAAGGUGGGAGGUCUUAACCCCUGCCCACCAGCAUUCCUCCUGCACCUCAGACUGUUUAAUCUGGACUGUGCCCUCUGGGUGAUGGAUUGGCUAACUUACUCCUGUGCUAAUCAAUGGGCUGUAGUAGAUUAAAGUACGGAAAGCUGA